CAGGGACUGCUUCGAGUUUGGUGCCGGCUUCGUAAACUCGUGCGGGUGUGAAGAAUGACAACAAAGUCAGGAAGAAGGAAUAUUUUUCAACAUAGCCACUUGCAGCAUUCAAUUACAUGGCACUUUUUCUUUCAAUUCAAAUCAAAGUGAAUUUGACCUGAGGAUUUGAGUUUGCCGGCCUUAAUGUAUUGUCCAUUGAAUUUCGACAACAAAAGAAUGGAGAAAGAGCUGCUUCGUAACUUACAGCGAACCGCAGUAAAUGAUCCCUCGCGAAGCGAUUCCAUUUUGAAGUCAUUUGUUAAAGACCUCUGUUUUUGGACGAUCGAUGGCUUUCAUGAGCCCAAGCAUUGUGGAGGAUGGAACAGCAGUAGAACAGAAUUUGUGCUCAUUAAACAGGCCAGAGGCAUGCCAACAAUGAAAGAAGCAACUGACAUGGAUGUCAAGGGGAAUUUGCCGAACGAAGAUGACUCUGAUCAUAGCGUAGAAAACUCCUCAGAUGCUAUAUGGAAAAGUGCAAUGGACCCAGCGUCUGGGAAAAUUUAUUAUUAUGACACAAUCACAAGGAAGACACAAUGGAAAAAGGUGAGCAUGCAGAGGGAGAAUGUACGUCAUCAGCCUCAAGAUUUUCUUGCACCACUAUUUUAACGCUGUUUCAAUAUUUCGUUUUACGUGCUCUACCCCCCGCAAAAAAGCCUGCCAAACUAAAAGAAUUGGAAAAAAGAAAGAAAAAAGAAAGAAGGCGGAUAGCCAAGGAGUUUUUCAACGAAAUGGAAAAGAACAUUCUAGAUAGUUUGUCCCGGGGGGAAGUAAUUCCGGGAAUUCCAAUCCACAAGACGAAAGCCGAGGGACCACCGAAGGAACUAUUGCCAAAAUCGCAUGUUAGGACGAUUUCAGCCAUGCAUGGUGUUCUUUUGGAAGAAUUGGGAGUGAAUCCAAAUACCACGCUGAAAGAAUCGGGCAACGAAACACCAAAAUAUCAGAAAGCGACACAACGGAACUCAGCCUCAAUGAGUGGGCGGCCUCCAUUACCAGAAUUCCGACGUAGUGUGCAAGAUGUAGAGAAGACCUCCACCCAAAGAAAUUCAGUCUCUAGUGAAAAGCUUUCUCGACAAAAAAUGGGCGAGAAAAUUACUGACGAAACCAAUCAAAAGCCCGUUUGCGAUCUGGCAGGAGAAAAAAUUCUCGACGCACCAAUUAAUGACAAAUUAUAUGAACUGCGUCAUGACCAAAUAGACGUUUCAACGAGGCCAUUAAUGGGUCACACAAGACGGAACACAGGAGGGACAAUCUACCUACAGAAUUCCAUGGCAAAUCCUGAUGUUAAGGCUACCAUAAAGUGUGUAUGUGGUGUCUACCGGGCUCACAUCGGCCAAUCGAAAAAACACGCACACGCUUGCAGAAACAACAACGCGAAGUCAAUUUCCAAAUUUGGUGUUUUUGACGACAACUUUGGGUCGCGAAAAAGGAGAGGGUCAACACAAGUUCCAUCUCUCACGGAGAUUGUUGAGUUCUACGAAGCCUUCUACGAACGCUCGCAAAUGGAGCACGACACAAUUAUAUUCUCCCUCAUUUAUAUUGAACGACUGAUCAAAUCAACCAAUGGAACUUUGGCACCAUCUCCAGGAAAUUGGAGGUCGUUCCUAUUUUCCUGUAUGGUUUUGGCAAGCAAGGUAUGGGACGAUUUGUCGAUGUGGAACAACGAUUUUGCCAACGUGACUGCCCACACUGUUGGAUUGACCCUCUUUACGUUACCUCGUAUCAAUGAAUUAGAAUUGGCUUUGUUGAAGUGCUUGGAAUUUGAUGUGAAAGUUUCUGCAAGUGAGUAUGCGAAGUACUACUUCUUGAUUCGAACAAUGCUUCUGCGAAGUGGUUUAGUGAAGGAAGACGAGAAGCCGUUGGGUAAAAGGAAGGCGUUUGAGAAGCUAGAAGCAUUGACGAAUCCUAAUCUUGAUCGAUAUCCAGCAUCGGAGUCCCGAGAUAGACGAUCAAAGAGCAUGGAUGGCGGUAUUUUCGAUACGAUCUCUAACAAAGAUCUUCUUUCAGGAGAUCCCGUAUUGAAUGAUUCUGUUUGCCUAGAGCAGCUGGUGAACUGAACGUAAUGAGUCUACUAGCAAUUUCCUAUUAGUUGUCUACUAAUCAAAAAGUGCGCAAUUUCACUCUUACAUCCUCACAAGUUGUUCGAGUCCCACUUUCGUUUUGGGCUGCUGUAAUACUCUUGUAUUGCCCUCUGACUGAACGGCAUGACUUUUGCUUCGGUGUAAAGCAUCAGAUAAAUUGGGUUUCAUUAUCAUAGACCUCGAUUCAAAAUCAUGGGAGACUUUCUGUAGCCUCCUCGCGCCUUCAACGUCUAGUGGGUCUGAUGCUCUGAAAUCUUCGCCCCCUAAUCCACUUUUAAUUAGCAUUGAGCGGAGUAGGAAAUAAUACUUUGCGUAUUCA